GGACGGCAGCGGCGGCGGCAGCGAGGGCUGCCACGAUCUGAGCGGCUCGCCAAUAUCACCAGAGAGCACGGAGCGAAGGCGAGAGGCAGCCGAGGCUGUCAUGGGCAGAAAGUUUAUCCUGUUUCACCACUCAGUUUGUGUUUUGUUUCGCCAACUUGGCGGCCUCGCGGGAAUAAAUUCAAGGAAGACAAGCCAAACUGUUCAUUCGGAAACCAAGCCGCCAGCUGCCUGGAUUGCAUAGUGAUUUAGUCUGUACAGUUUUAUUAAAAAAUAAAGAGUAUUGUACGUUCAGGAUCUUGGAAGGUUCAAUAUUUCUUGCUGUAGUGUUCGCCGACCUCAUAUCGCAAUGACUUGGAUGUGAAGGUGUAUUAAAGAACCAGCUAUGGAAACCAAAGGAUAUAUUGACUACCCAGAAACAAUGAAUAUUGGAAGACAGUGGCCUCUAAAUAACUUGCGUCCUGUGCUGGGAACAAUGAGAUUAGUAGCUGUGACAGCAAUGCAAUGACUGUUCUUGAUGUUAGUUGCAUACCUCCUGUUGCAAAGAGCGAUGAUGGAGAGAGAAGGCAGGAGCUGUCUCCCAUCCUUCACCAUCAACCAACUUACCAAGUGCAUCACCAAUAUCAGCAUUCUGGUUUUCUUGCUUCAGAUCCAAAGUGCCACCUAGGAUCUGCUAAAGAACUCUCAAAAACCGUUGCUGAGUCUAUGGGUUUGUAUAUGAAUUCUGUUAAAGAAAUGGAGAGUGAAUUUAACUACAGUAUGCAGGCUGAACAAAUGGAGGGAAGGUCCAGCAAUAUUAUUGAAAACAGUGAACAAGAAUUGGACCUUCAAGAGGAGAAGGCUAAUGCCAUCUCGUCACAGCGAGGGAUGAGGCGAUGUUCUUCUUCCUCUAGCCCUGGUAGAAAUAGUCGGGGUUCAUGCAUCUCCAGUCCUAUAAACUACAAUAAUUUAGGCUCUUCAGUAUCAAGUCCUAACAAUAUGAACUCUUGUGUUCCUAGUCCUGCUAAACUAAAUUACUUAGCUCUAUCUAGUCCAGAUGCUGUUAGCAAUUUGGAUCUUCCACCUCUAGCCCAGACAACAUGAAUAAUUUGAGUAAUUCUGUCACUAGCCCAACUGAUGUUCAUUGCGCUAUCUCAGGUUCUACUAAGCUAAGUAGCCUAGCCAGGUCUAGCCCUAGUAAUAUGAAACAGUUGUGCUCUUCCAUCUCCAGCCCUGUCCAUGUUGGUAACCUGUGUUCUUCAGUCUCAGUCCAAUAACAUGAGCUCUCCUCUUUCCACUCCUUCUAAUCUAGCUUCACCUCAUUCUGUCUCCACUAGUAAUACAAUUUGUCCAGCCCUAAUAUAACAGUGUGCCUCUCUCUCUCCAGCUCUGCUGUAAAUAAUCUUGCGCUUUCCCAUCUGCAGUCCUGCUGAUGGGUCAAGAAUGAUCAUCGAUCUCCAUCAGAACCCAGCAGUAGGAAAUAAGGAUCGUGAGGAAAUUAAUGUAUUUAAAAGACGAGAAAACAAAAGGUGAAUGUUUAGAGACAGGUUCAAUUAACAAUGACAAUCCUGUCCAGUUUAUAAAAACAGAAGUAGAAAGUGAUUUUAGUGGUUCACAUUUCCCAAGUAGAGGUAACUCUGACCUAUCUCAUUCAAUGUUCUCAAUGCCUUUAAAAUGUGAGAUGAAUGAAAAUGCUUGUAUGAACACAGUGUAUACUGGUCAAGUUCAGAAAAUCCCUUUUCAGAAAUUGCUCAUCAGCUGAUUGAUCUCAAGACAAAUUAUGGAGACGCAUUGGACCUUUAUGGAGUUUAGGGGCUCCUGCAUCUUCCUCUAGUUCUAGUUAUGGACAUGAUGCCUUUUUACAACCAAACACGACGGCAGUGAUCAAACAGGAGCCAAAUGACGAGGGCUACUGCCAAGCCACCUGUUCGCCUCCAUCCACUAUUGUAGGUGUGAACUCAACUGGACAAUCAUUUCAUUACAGAAUUGGAGCCAGUGGCACAAUUUCCAUGCCCUGUCCUUUUAUGAGAGAUCCGAGACCUCAGCUUUUAAAUUUAAUUACUCCAGUGUGCACUGUACUUGGAUCCUGGAAAUCACACUCUGUCAUGCCACAGAACUCCAUAGCUGGCAAAAAUGAUUGCUAUCCACUGCAAGGAUACGUUCCUGAGAAAAUGUCACGCUCCCCUAUUAGACUGGAUCGAAGCUGCUCAUCGGUGACCACAACACCUUCAAAGGUUUGUUUGGUUUGUGCGGAUGAGGCAUCAGGAUGUCAUUACGGUGUCCUUACCUGUGGUAGUUGCAAAGUUUUCUUCAAGAGAGCUGUGGAAGGGCAACAGAACUACUUGUGCGCAGGAAGAAACGAUUGCAUUAUUGACAAAAUCCGGAGAAAAAACUGCCCAGCUUGCAGAUUGCGAAAAUGUCUUAAUGCAGGAAUGAACUUGGGAGCACGGAAGUCUAAGAAACUAGGAAAGGUGAAAGGGCUACAUGAAGAGCAGCAACCUCCACACAGCCCUAAGGAAGGGAUCACGUUCACUGCUUCUUUGCCGGAACCCACAGGAAGCACUGCGCUUGUUCCCCAUUUCUCACUUAUGCCACCCCAUGUAAACCCGACCCUGAUCACCAUUCUCGAAGCCAUUGAACCCGAAGUGGUUUAUGCAUCGUACGAUAACAGUCAGGCAGACACAACCAAUCGCCUGUUGUCCUGUUUGAACAGGUUGGCUGAGAAACAGAUGGUUCGAAUAGUGAAGUGGGCAAAAGGUCUUCCAGGAUUCCGUACAAUGGCACUUGACGACCAAAUGACUCUGCUCCGGUACUCUUGGAUGUGUUUAAUGACGUUUGGCCUUAUUUGGAGAUCAUACAAACAGACCAAUGGCACAAUGCUUUACUUUGCACCAGACUUGGUGUUCACUGAACAGCGGAUGCAGCGGUCAGCAAUGUAUGAACUAUGUCAAGGGAUACAAGGCAUCAGCAUUGAAUUUGUACGCUUACAACUGACUCACGAGGAGUUCCUGUGCAUGAAAGUCCUUCUCCUGCUUGGCACAAUUCCAAAAGAUGGCCUAAAAACUCAAAGUUCAUUUGAUGAGAUGAGGACAAAUUAUAUCAAGGAGUUGAGACGAGUUAUAGCAAGAAAUGAAAAUCACACAGGACAAAACUGGCAACGGUUUUAUCAGUUGACCAAAGUCCUGGACUGUAUGCAGGAGCUGGUCAGUGGGCUGCUACAGUUCUGCUUCUACACGUUUGUGGAAUCAAAAGCACUAAAGAUUGAAUUCCCAGAUAUGCUGGUGGAAAUCAUCAGUGACCAGUUGCCAGAGGUCACAGCAGGAAUGACCAAAACCCUUUUUUUUCACAAGAAGUGAUCCUCAAAGAUGAACUUUGCCUUAAACUUUCCUCCUCAUGUUUUGCUGGCUUUAAAAAUUAUUUUAGCAGGCUUGGUGUCCUGUAUGUUGCUAUACACUAAAGAAAAGCUUCAUGAAGGUUUUGGACUGAUAAAAUACAGAAAUGUAUUAAUGAGAUGAAAAGGGAUAUAUUCAAAGGUUAAAAGGAAUUUGGAGAAAAGUAUUUUUUGAAAGAAUUAUAUUUUGGCAGGAAAAAUUGUAAUACAGUCUCUUUUUUAAAGGUAAAAUUUUGUAAAGUGAAAUGUUUCUGCAUGCAUAAAGAGCUGACGUUUACAGUGUAUUUAAGAAAGGGAAAGUUGUGCCUUUUUAGUAUCAUAUCUAAUUUAACCAUUUUACAGCAUUUGCUGUAAAUAAACCACAGAUUUACUAGCCGAAUUAUAUUAUAUUAAAUAUUUCUAUUUUGUAAUUAAUUUCCUGUUAACUAAUUGUUUUCCUCUUUGCUUGUCAAUGGUGACUUUUGCUUUGUAACAAUAUUGCUUUUUGCUGCACUGUUAAGAAGCUUUCCAGGUUCCAUCCUUGUUGUUUUGUGCAGUAGCCAUAGGGAACUAAGUACUGGAUGAAAUGGCAAAAAGGUGCAUAUGGCUCACUUUUCUUACAACUUUCCAAACAAAUAUGCUGAGUAGCAGGGUUGAACCGUGCCCUGAGAAUCAUGUCCUUUCCAACCUUUUUAGAAGUCUAAUAAUUUUCUGUGCUUUGCUAUAUAGUUCUGUAUAUUAUGCUGUUGGAGUCCUGAUGUAGCACUUUUGGUAAUUCAUACACUGUACUUAUCCAAAUGAUAUGCAGAAUUAUAAAAUAGUUCUAAAUAAGUUGAUUUAUAUUUCCUUGGAAGCACUUAAGCAUCUACAUUUGUGUCAGCAAAGAAUAUUAAAAAUAUGAUGAUUAAGUUACU